AUGUUAUUUGCUUUAGAGACACAAACUGAAGAAACUGCAAUUGAAGAAACUGGCAGUGAAGUGUGCACAGUCGAUCCUUUGCUAAAAAUGCAAGAAGAGUUGGAAGGAUUAAGAUUGGAGGUAAUUCAAACCCAAGAAUUAAAAAAAAGUAAGGAAGAAACAGCUUCUGUUAUGGAAGAAAUGAAUGCAUUCAAGGCCCAAGCACACAAAGAAAUUGAAAACACCAAGAAGGCUGCCGCCGAGGAGUUAGCACUAUCCAAAUUUGGUUUAGAAAGAUUUUCAACUAACAAUGACUUAGUCAGAUUCUACACAGGAUUUGUUUCUUAUGAACACAUUAAGGCUUUUUAUGAAAUCAUAAAACCAACUGCUGAGAGAAUGACCUAUUGUUAUCCUACAGGAGAUAGAGAAAGUCGUCCAAAAGCACGAACCAUGCUAGUUAUAGACGAGUUGUUUAUGUUCCUGGUUCGUAUUAGAUUGGGCUUAUUUGAGCAAGACCUUGCUCACAGAUUUAAAAUACAUAUAUCCACUGUUAGCCGAAAAAUAGUUACAUGGAGCAAUUACUUAUAUUUCAUGUUGGGAUGUCAAGUAAUCUGGCCUUCUAGGGAAAAUGUCAAUAAUUACAUGCCCCAGUGUUUUCGUAGGCUUUACCCAAGUACUAGAGUUAUAAUAGAUUGCACAGAAAUUUUCGUACAAACUCCCAGCUCCUUAUUAUUACAGUCACAAUUAUACUCAAGCUAUAAAAGCAACACUACCCUUAAAGGUUUGGUUGGGAUCUCUCCUCAUGGGGCAGUCUCUUUUGUAUCUGGGUUAUAUACUGGAGCAAUCUCAGAUAAAGAAAUAACUAGGUGUUGUGGCAUCUUAGAUUUAAUUGAGGAGGAGAUUCAAUAA